AGCGCCCCGGCCCCUCCUUCCUUCUCCUCCCCCCUCCUCCCCGCGGCGCCCCCGCCCCGCCCCGCCCCCGCCGAGACCCCGACCCCGGCCCCACGAACGGACACUCGGCCGGGCAGCCGCAGGCCGAGCGCAGCCGUCUCUGCCGCCGAUGCGCCUGGUGGCCAGACUCCAAGUGGGACCGGCGGACACGCAGGCUCGCGUAAGAGUGGAAACUGAUGGAGAAUCGAGCUGUGGACCCAGGGACUCGGGACUCUUAUGGUGCCACCAGCCACCUCCCCAACAAAAGGGCCCUGGCAAAAGCCAAGAACAACUUUAAAGACCUGAUGUCCAAGCUGACGGAGGGCCAGUAUGUGCUGUGCCGGUGGACAGAUGGAUUGUAUUACCUUGGGAAGAUCAAGAGGGUCAGCAGUUCAAAGCAGAGCUGCCUUGUGACUUUUGAAGAUAAUUCCAAAUACUGGGUCCUGUGGAAGGACAUACAGCAUGCUGGUGUUCCAGGAGAGGAGCCCAAGUGUAACAUCUGCCUGGGGAAGACAUCAGGGCCAUUGAAUGAGAUCCUCAUCUGUGGCAAGUGUGGCCUGGGUUACCACCAGCAGUGCCACAUCCCCAUAGCAGGCAGUGCCGACCGGGCCCUGCUCACACCUUGGUUCUGCCGUCGCUGCAUCUUCGCGCUGGCUGUGCGGAAAGGCGGCGCGGUGAAGAAGGGCGCCAUCGCCAGGACGCUGCAGGCGGUGAAGAUGGUGCUAUCCUACCAGCCCGAGGAACUCGAGUGGGACUCGCCCCACCGCACCAACCAGCAGCAAUGCUACUGCUACUGCGGUGGGCCUGGAGAAUGGUACCUGCGGAUGCUGCAGUGUUACCGGUGCAGACAGUGGUUUCACGAAGCCUGCACCCAGUGCCUCAAUGAGCCCAUGAUGUUUGGAGACCGGUUCUACCUGUUCUUCUGCUCGGUGUGUAACCAGGGCCCAGAAUACAUUGAGAGGCUACCCCUGCGAUGGGUGGAUGUGGUUCACCUGGCCCUCUACAACCUGGGGGUGCAGAGCAAGAAGAAGUACUUUGAUUUUGAGGAGAUUCUGGCCUUUGUCAACCACCACUGGGAGCUCCUGCAGCUUGGCAAGCUCACCAGCACCCCUGUGACUGACCGAGGACCACAUCUCCUCAAUGCGCUGAACAGUUACAAAAGCCGGUUCCUCUGUGGCAAGGAGAUCAAGAAGAAGAAGUGCAUCUUCCGCCUGCGCAUCCGUGUCCCACCCAACCCGCCAGGGAAGCUGCUGCCUGACAAGGGCCUGGUGCCCGCUGAGAACAGCGCCUCCUCUGAGCUGCGUAAGAGAGGAAAGAGCAAGCCUGGUUUGUUGCCUCACGAAUUUCAGCAGCAGAAAAGGCGAGUUUAUAGAAGAAAGAGAUCAAAGUUUUUGCUGGAAGAUGCUAUUCCCAGUAGCGACUUUACCUCGGCCUGGAGCACCAACCACCACCUGGCCAGCAUAUUUGACUUCACAUUGGAUGAAAUUCAGAGUUUAAAAAGUGCCAGCUCAGGCCAGACCUUCUUCUCAGACGUGGACUCCACAGACGCUGCCAGCACCUCUGGUUCUGCCUCCACCAGCCUCUCCUAUGACUCCAGGCGGACAGUGGGCAGCCGGAAGAGGAAGCUGGCAGCCACCGCGUAUAUGCCACUGCGGGCAAAGCGGCAGGCAGCCGAGCUGGGUGGACGCUGCCCCUCGGACAGCGGUGCAGAGGGGGGUUCGGGCCCUGAGCGGGCAGACGAAGGCAUCGACAGCCACACGUUUGAGAGCAUCAGUGAAGACGACUCGUCCCUGUCCCACCUCAAGUCAUCCAUCACCAACUAUUUCGGCGCGGCUGGGCGGUUGGCCUGUGGGGAGAAGUACCAGGUGCUGGCUCGGAGGGUCACACCCGAGGGCAAGGUCCAGUACCUGGUGGAGUGGGAAGGGACCACCCCUUAUUGACUAGCCCACACGGGAUGCCAGGGGCCCUGGAAGCCAAGAGACAGUGGAAGCCACAGGCUCCCUGGUUCUCUUCAGGGUGGGGUGAGGAGGGGAGCAAGACAGAGCGGCAAGUGCCUGGCACGGGCCCUUCCUGCCACCCUCCAGGCCAAGGUCUGUGCCUCUCUGCUGUGCCCACUGAGCUCUCGGGCCUCGGCAGGCUCAUCACCCUCUUCCUGUGUCUCUAAGGUCCCAGCGUCUCCACACACUCCGCACUCCUUCAAACUGUCUCCUCGUCCUUUGAAUGUGUCCCCCUGGCUCUGGAUGCUUCUUCCUGAAGCCUGGAUCUUUGUCCCCAAGUUUGUGUCACUUACCUCUCACCCCUUUGGGUAUGUGUUGUCCCUCACAGCUGACUCAUGGGCGGCCAGUCCUCCCAGGGACCACGUUAUGAGAACAGGAACCUCUGAGAAAGAUGGAUGAAGGUGGGAGCUUCUCUCCCCCACUUCCCUUUCCCCCACCCGAGCCUGGGACGAGGCAGUGAGGGUAGAAGCCCCUGAAGCCUGUGGCAGGGCCCUGGGGCUCUCAGGAUCCGAGGAGUGGAGAGGCUGGGUCUCUGCCUCGGGAGGUACCAGUGCCCGUGACGGCUGCAGUGUCAGCGUCUGCGCUCCCGGUUUUCCUGUCCUUGGCCACGCCUCUCGGUUAUGGGGCUGGGCCUGGACAGAGGUGGCCUCGAAACCCUGAGGGACAGGGAGAGGAAGAGGGAGGAAAGGAAGGUGUGUCAUGCUAAACCUCAGACCCUUUCCUACGCCUCCCUCCCCCAGACCAACACACACACACACACACACCCAGCGUUCAUCCGCAUGUGCCUUCAUGCUCAGGCACAAACACGUGGCUCCCGGUCUCCAGGCGCGCGUACACACGCACACACCCAGUGUUCAUCCGCAUGUGCCUUCAUGCUCAGGCACAAACACGUGGCUCCCGGUCUCCAGGCGCGCGUAUACACACACACACACACACA